GUGAUGACUCUUUCUUCAAAUUUAUGGCAAGAAUAGGCAAAGGCUUUUCCCAAAAAGUAAACAAAAAAAUCUGGCUUGUCAGCUUCUGCUCACUGAACUUACAACUGCAGGAAGGAAGCCUCCAGGGGAGGGGCCUAGAGCUCCCUCCACUUUCAUGAGGUUUUCAAACAGGUCCGCAUCAAGGGAAUAUAACAGGUCCCACAACGGCGUUUGAAAUUCAGAUUGCAGCUACCUGCUUGUUUCCUUGGUUGGAAGACGCUGUAACGCGAAAAUGUCUGGGCGAGGUAAAGGCGGCAAAGGGCUGGGUAAGGGGGGCGCCAAGCGCCACCGCAAAGUCCUACGGGACAAUAUUCAGGGCAUCACAAAACCCGCCAUUCGCCGUCUAGCCCGCCGUGGGGGCGUCAAGCGCAUCUCCGGGCUCAUCUACGAGGAGACCCGGGGAGUGCUCAAGGUCUUUCUGGAGAACGUGAUCCGGGACGCGGUGACUUACACGGAGCACGCCAAGCGCAAGACGGUCACGGCCAUGGACGUGGUGUACGCCCUGAAGCGGCAAGGGCGCACCCUGUACGGCUUCGGCGGCUGAGCGGGGCCUCCGUCUUCUCUCCGGACUCCAAAAGGCCCUUUUCAGGGCCUCCAAAAUAUCACGAGGAGAGCUGUUGACAUUUUGUAGCGUAGGACGCGUCAGAUCUUGAGUGUGGCCAGAACGGUGCCGUAGGCGAAGCGUUUCCCGUGCCACGAGCAGGACUGCGCGAAGGAAGCAGCGGCUCCGAAUGAGGCUUUGGGCUGGGGGCAGGGGGAGCAGCGCCGCCGCGUGCUUCGGAGGAGCUCGGGAAGCGCGGCGCAGGACGGUAGCGAUUGCCUUAGAGAGCGUCU